GGGGAAGGGGGGAAAUGGCGCCGUCGUGAUCGAGACCCCGCGUCGCCGAGGAAGUCGCCGGUGCUGGAGCCGGAGCCACCGAAGGCACCCGAACCGGAGGUCGAGCUGAGGGGAGGAUGGAGGAACCGUCCAAGCCCAGCCCGGACAUACUAGCCACUGCAGAGUCCAGCUCCAGUGAGCCCGACAAGGAGGUGGAGUCUCCAGAUGCGGUCGCUACAGCCACGUUCUCCUCCGUGGAGGAGCCAGGCCCUAACCCGACACCCAUACCACCAGUGUGGGACCGUGGAGGACCUCCGCAGCAGGUCGCCGCUGCAGCCCCAGACACCUGCCAGCCGGGCUCAACCAGCACAGCUGUGGGGACCAAUGAGGACCUGAGGUUGCCCAGACGACGUCCACCACCAGUAAAACAGAUACCCUGCUCUAGCCCUGGCUGCUGCCUCAGUUUCCCCAGUAUUCGUGAUCUGGCACAACAUCUCCGUACCCACUGCCCGCCCACACAAUCACUGGAAGGCAAACUCUUCCGAUGCUCAGCCCUGAGCUGCACUGAGAGUUUCCCCAGCAUGCAGGAGCUGGUGGCCCACGGCAAGCUACAUUACAAGCCCAACCGCUACUUCAAGUGUGAGAAUUGCCUCCUGCGCUUCCGCACUCACCGCUCCCUCUUCAAGCAUCUGCAUGUUUGUGCAGAGCAUGCUCAGAGCCCAGUCCCACCACCACCCCCUGCCCUGGACAAAGAGCCACCCGUGCCCGAGCGCCCCGCAGACUCCGACCCCUCAUCUAUUCUGAGCCUGCCUUUCCCUCUACUUGAGCCCUUCACCUCUGCCCCCACUGGGCCCUUCCUUCCCUACUUGAACCCUGCGCCCUUUGGACUGAGUCCCCCGCGACUGCGCCCAUUCCUGGCCGCUGCUCCAGGACCUCCAGCCUCCAGCACUGCCAUCUGGAGAAAGAGUCAAGGUGCUGCCGGAAGUCCCAGAAAACCUCAGGGCGGCUCAGAUGCGCCCUCAGGUGCGUGCAGGUGACGACCAGGGCAGGGUGGAGGGGCCUUCAUUCCUGUGCCCUGCGCCAGCCCUGUGAAUGCCCGGAAACAGCAGUGCGUGUCCUUUGAAAUACAUGAUUUUUACCUUUCAAAUGCCUGGCACCUAUACCUUCAUCUGCGUCGGCGUUGUGUAAAAACUUGCGCCUUGUCCGUAUCUGAGUGGUCCUCUCCUGCAGAGGUCCAGGGAUGGGAGCCAAACUUGGUGCCUUCAGUGAUUGGCAGUCAAGCCCAGGAGAAAGGACCCAACUCCCUGGACCCUGGAAGCUGAGGGGGACGAACAUAGGGAAAAGUCUAAUUUGCCCUGGCCGACAUCCACCAUCCCUGUGGAAAGGUCCUCUGGGGUGGAACCCAGGACUGACCACGGCCUGCCUGCCUGCCUGCCUGCCUGCCUGCCUACCUGCAGGGUACGUGGCCCCCAGCCGCAUAGUGUGGGAACACACGCGUGGCCGCUACUCGUGCAUGCAGUGUGACUUCUCCACGGCCUCACGGCCUACCAUGACACUGCACCUUCAGGACCACCGCCCCAACACCCCCACAGACCUGGCGCCCGGGUCCCUCCGGGCCGGUGCCCGGGCGGGUAAGGCUGAGGCAAUGAAGCCCGAGGCAAGAGGUGAGGCCCAGGCUCAGCGGCCGCCCCUCAGCACCACACAGACCCAAUCUCAUUUGCUCCUGCUGCAUCACAACUGUCAGAGGGGGAGCGGUCCGAUUUUUCACAGUUCUGGACCAGCUGUGUUGGCCUGGGUGGGAGAGCCUGCAGAGAUUUUUGUAAUUUGAAGGGGGAGGGGAUAAUAAAGGAGGUGUCU